AUGACAGAUUCUAAAAACAAAUUAAAAGAUUCAGGAUUAAUAGAUUGGUCAGUAUUUCAAGAAAUAUUACAAAUGGAUGAAGAUGAAGAAGGAUUUUCAAAACAAUUAGUAGAAACAUUUGUAUUUCAAGUUGAAGAAACUUUUGAAAAAAUUGAAAAAUUUAUAGAUGAUAAAAAUUUAGAAGAUUUAUCAAAAGAAGGUCAUUUUUUAAAAGGUUCCGCAGCUGCUUUGGGAUUAACUUCAAUAUCUGAACAAUGUGAAAGAAUUCAAAAUUAUGGUCAUAAAAAUAAUUUUGAUAAUUUUAAACCAACAAAAAAAGAAACCGUAAAUAAUAAAGAAGAAGAAGAAGAAGAACCAAAGGAGAAUGGGAAAAAAGUAGAAGAAGAAGAUAAAAAAGUAGAUGAAAAAGUACCCGAAAAAUCAACAGAACCUAACACAACUACAGAAGAUGAUAAAUUUUGGAUACUAGCAAUUGAAGAUGCUUUAAGUAAAGCAAAAGAUGGAUUUUAUAAAACUAAAAAGGCAUUAGAUGAAUUUUAUGACGAAUAG